CACGCCAAAGGGUCACUGUACCCACAAUGCACCAGGCCAGAGACAAGCUUUUCUGAGGCUCUGCCAGUCAUGCUCUGAUGAGCUGCCAGAGAUGCCUAUGCUGCUCCUGCUUCUUCAAUAAUUCAUCAGUCUGAAAGGCACAAGGAGAGAGAGAGAGAAAGUAGAAGGCAGAGGGAAUAACAGAUGGUGAACAAGUGGAGGAUCCUGGGAAGGAAGGCAGAAAAUGAGAGCUUUUAAACUUCUGUAAAGAAGAAAGUAAAUACAGGUUUCAGAAGAAGGAAAGACGCUGAGCGAGGGAGAAGAAGUGAACUACAAACCCAGCACGAGUGACUGAGAGAGAGAGGUACAGAGUCACAGGUGGUGAGGGAGGGGACUGGUCAAAAUCUGGAGCACUGAGUCAGAUCACUGACAGACCAGGUAGCGGACGGACAGCAGCACAGACCGCUAAAACUAGGUGUGGUCUAGCGAGCCUAAAAGUGGGCGUGGUCCAGUGAAGCCGGAGCCAUGGUGAACACGAGCCUGCAGCUGAUCAGCUUCACCUGCGCGGUGACGGGCUGGGUGAUGGCCAUCGCCGUGACGGCGCUGCCGCAGUGGAAGGUCACGGCCUUCAUCGGCAGCAACAUCCUCACCUCCGAGAUCGUGUGGGAGGGGAUCUGGAUGAACUGCGUCUACCAGACCACGGGCCAGAUGCAGUGCAAGACGUACGAGUCCAUGCUGGCGCUGCCGCCGGACGUGCAGGCCGCGCGGGCGCUCAUGUGCCUGGCCAUAUUCCUGGGCUGGCUCUCCUGCACCGUGUCCUGCUGCGGCAUGAAGUGCACCACCUGCGCCGGCGACGACCGGCAGGCCAAGGCCGCCAUCGCGCUGAGCGGCGGCGUGCUCUUCAUGCUCACGGGCCUGUGCGUGCUGGUGCCCGUCUCCUGGACCGCCAACAGCGUGAUCCGGGACUUCUACAACCCGGCCGUGCCCGCGGUGCGCAAGCGCGAGCUGGGCCAGGCCAUCUACCUGGGCUGGGCCGCCGCCGUCAUCCUCAUGCUGAGCGGGGCCGUGCUCAGCUGCACCUGUCCCCACGGCGACAGGAGGGGCUACCGCCGCGGCUACAUGGGCCGCAGCUUCGCCAACACCCGCGCCUCCGCCCCCGAGCCCCCAAAACCCAUCUCCACCAGCAGCCUGCCGCUGAAGGAGUACGUCUGACGCAACGGGCAGGGAGGCACAUAAAGAGAUGGUGGUGAACAGGGGUAGGAGUAAUGGAUCGGUUGGGACAAGGUCUGGAAUGGUACAGAUCCUUGGCUAUUGGUUACCAGGAAGUUGCUGUGGAUUGAUCCAUUUACAGGAAUGUUGAGUGGUUUCUACCCUGCAGAACUGUUGGUUUAUGACAAGAGGAAGUGCAGACCGUCAAAGCAGGAAGUGGUGCACCAGUCAUACAUUUUUUCUUCAGUUGACAUCAGAACCUACAGCGUAGCAAACCUCCAGUUGCUAAACCAGCCGUUCUGGGUUAUGAUCAGUGGAAUGUGUAUCUGAAAGCCAGGUGUUUCUGUACCGAGCUUUGUUUGUGUUCUGAGUGAAGUGUGCUGUGUUUUCUCCCAUUUGGCUUUGUUUGUAAUGCACAGUGUUGUGAACCCAAUAAAAUAAAGUUUGAAAUGGCACUGAAACUGAAUAAACCUUUUUGUGAUUGU